AUGGCAGCUUCUCAGGGACUGUUGACAUUCCAGGAUGUAGUCAUAGAAUUUUCCCAGGAUAAGUGGGAAUUUCUGGACAGCACUCAAUGGGAAUUGUACAGGGAUGUGAUGUUAGAGAACUACAAAAACGUGGUCUCCUUGGGUCCUGUCUCUAAGCCAGACCUGGUCACCUUUAUGGAGCAAAAGAAGGGUCCCUGGGAUGUGAAGGGAAUGGAGACAAUAGCCAUACACCCAGGAACUGGGGACCCCACCCAGGUGGAGGAUGGUGACUUCAGGCUAAGCAUAAGAUUCCUGGGGCACCACCCUGUUUCCUCACCACCAACCAACCAGAAGAAAGUCACACACCCUGCAGCCCUCACCCCAUAUUUUGCCUAUAAAAACUUCUCCCUGAAAACCAUGGGGGAAUUUGGGGUUUUUUACAGCACAAGCCACCUGUUCUCUUUGCUUAGCCCUGCAAUAAACCUUUCUCUGCUCAAAAAAAGAAAAAAUUACCAUCAACAUACCAAAGAAAUGAAUUGCAUCUAUGAUUCAAGAAGAGGAUGCCAUUAA